AUCUCAACCGAUUAGUCUGCUAAAGGCUGAAAUAACUCAAAUGUGAGGCUACUCCCGAGUAGUAGAACGAGUCUCCCCAAGCGGCCUGUCAGGUUUACUGUCCGAAUGUUGCCGCCAUGCAAGUUCCCAACGCCCACCAUGUCAAAUGUCGUCUCUUCAGGAUCUGGAAAACGUGUGGGAAUGAAAGAUUUCGCCGCAUUGAAGACUUCCAUUUCCUCACGUUGUUCAGGGACUCCUUGGCUGUCGUUCGAUCCUCCAUCGUCUCUUCCUCUGCGUGGAGCACAAGGGCUUCUUUCUCAGGACCAUUCCAUUCCAUAUUUGGCUUCCUUUGAUAAUGUUCCCUUCGAAUUCGCAGUUUUCGUUGGAUGUCGACUCGGCAACAAAUUCAGACGUCUCAUGGUGGCCUCACUAUGAGCCUGGCUCUUUGCAACCGUUUCGCGCAUCCCCACUAGAAAGAAAGAGACCUGUGCAUACAAACGCCACUGCUCCGUCCAAGUUCAUCGUCAUCGAUGGUUGACCAUAGCGUCUCAACUUCUCGAGGUUGUGACUAAUUAGAUGCCCGCCUGUGAUUGGUCCUUUACCACGUCGAAGAUGGUGAAUUUGGUUACAAAAGCAUCUCGUUUUGGUUUUGGGUCAAACGACACGACGUAGGUGAGGAAAUGAGUGAGCGUGUUUAAAGUUCAAGGGAUUGUAUCUCAGCCGAGGAAUCGAGCCGUGAGCGCUUGAGCGCUAGCUUCAGACUGGUUCUUUUUCCCAGUUCGGUGUUAUCGACAAUUCUCGAGGACAAGUCUCUCGAUGAUCGCUGGCGGACCUUGCAGGGCACUAACUUUGGCUUAGCGGUCGACUUCGGGAAUUGUAUCAAGCCAGACCAGUGGAGUCAGGCCUUUGGUCGUACCCCUUGGACUAUAUCAAGACAAGUUUUCUUUUCAACUCCCACGAAGGACGAUCAUAUGCGUAAUGGAACAGGAAUCCGUCCGUAGCGUCGCACAUUUACGUUCAGACAGCCGUAGCUCUCGGCCACCAUGCUUCACUUACUCAUACUUGAGCUGAGCCAGAGCGGGUUAACGAUGCUCCUCUUUGCCCUGUGACUCUCUUGGUUCACUGUAUAUAAGCUCUCACCUGGGGCUUAGCGAUCAUCAUUAUCACUCCACUCGAGCCUCCAAACCAACAUGCCAGUACCACAAUUACCUCCUUUCCCCGCCGAUGUCCAUACCCAUCCUUUGCUAGUCAUUGACUACGACCUGCUCGAAGCCGGAAAUCAACAAGAGAUUGACCGCCUUUGGGAUGCUGCCACAAACCUCGGGUUCUGCCUCAAGAACCACGGCGUCCAAGCAGAAGUCGAUGGUAUGUUCGAAAUGGGCGAAGCGACCAUGAAACUACCCAUAGAUGAGAAGAUGAAAUUUGAACAGGGUGAUGAAGGAUCUUCUUUCGGGUACAAAGCAGCCGGUGCCAAUGCUGUUGAUGCUAAUGGAAUGCUUGACACUGUUGAAUUCAUCAACAUCGCCAAAGACGACGCCUUCGCGUGGCCGUCUAUUGCUCAUCGAACUUAUCCAUCCACUGUCACUUCUCGAAUGGAAUCUACUGUCAUCCCCUUCGUCAAAAAGUCGACGGAAAUCAAUACCACUAUUCUUAACAUCUUCAACACCAAACUUGGCCUUCCCGAGGGUGAAUUAAUCAAGAGACACAAUGACGCCGAGUUUAGCGGGAGUGAAGCGAGGACGAUCAAGAAUCCCAAGGGAAUGUCCCAGGAAAGGACCGCUUUAGGGGCUCAUACUGAUUUUGGGAGUUUGAGUUUUCUACACAACCGAUUGGGUGGGUUGCAAGUGUUGCCGCCCGGAAUCGACGAGUGGCAAUAUGUCAAGCCUCUUCCCAGUCACGCAAUCUGCAAUGUAGGCGACGCGUUGGCCGUCCUUAGCGGUGGAAUCUUGCAUUCCAAUAUUCAUCGUGUGGUCCCUCCUCCAGGAGCUCAAGCGAACUAUGAACGUUGGUCUCAAGUUUUCUUCACCCGUCCGGGUAACUCGGUCAUACUUGACCCACUCUCGUCGUUGAGUCCUGUAAUCGCGAAUGCCGUUCAAAGGAAUAAAGAGAAGCAUUCAAAUGCUGGAGGUGCCACCGCUCAGGAGUGGUUUACGCGGAGGAUCAAGAAUCAAAGGAUCAAGAACAGGACGGGCCCUGAAACUUGGCAUGCAAGUCGAGGAACUGAACAAGGAAGAGCUUGAGCCCAGAUUGGUUCUUUUACCGCCGUUCGUGUGAUAACGUGUGCAUUGAAUACAAUGUUUCGUAUAUA